UUUCUAUAUAUAUGUAGUGAGAAAUGUCCCUCACAGUUUCAUAUCAGAUCUUUUGUAAGAAGUCACACCAUCACUCCUCAAUUCUAAUGUGAAACCCCUUCAUACUGCUCCAUCCAUUUCCCCUAUACAAAGCAUUCACAAAGUGAACAAAGCGACUCACAUAUCGGAAUGGGAAGAACUCCAUUCUGCAGUUCAGAUGGUUUGAAGAAAGGAGCCUGGACUGCUGAAGAAGACCAGAAGCUCAUUUCUUACAUUCAAAAACAUGGCGAAGGUGGCUGGCGUUUCCUCCCCCAAAAAGCUGGUCUUCAAAGAUGUGGGAAGAGCUGUAGAUUGAGAUGGGCUAAUUAUCUAAGACCUGGAAUUAAGAGAGGAGAUUUCAGUCCUGAGGAAGAUAAAACCAUUAUUAAACUUCAAGCUGAAUUAGGCAACAGGUGGGCAGCAAUAGCCAGGCACUUGUCAAAUAGAACAGAUAACGAAAUCAAGAACUACUGGAACGCUCAUCUAAAGAAACGCUUAGCUAACAUGGGUGCAGAUCAGGUGACGGUCAGCGGCGCUUCCUCAUCCAGCGGAAACUCCGAUAGUAAUGCCGUCACCAACACCGAAUGUGCCAAACCACAACAAUCUGAACCCACAAAGAAACGCUCAGCUUCAGCACUGCUACUCAAUAAGUUGGCCACUAGGGUCACCCAAUGUGUUGGCCCUCUGCGAGCUUCUCAAACUCUGCAGCAACCAACAAUGCCAUUCAAUGGUGGUGCCGAAAAUUCCGAUAUAUUUUGCCACCCUUUGCCGAGUUCUACACCAGAAAGUACGUCUUGGGCAGAUAAUAAUAAUAUCAGUAAUUCGCUGACAAUACCAGAAUGUGGUACUACAAACGCCAUUGAUGAACGUGAUAGCAGUUCUUCUGCUGGAGUUUUAAACGCCAUUGUGGCCUCCGAGUUCGCUUCACUGACUUGCGUUGACGAACUCAGUGACUGGGGAAACACCAACUACAGCAUCGAACCAGAGCAAGUGCAAAUUGAUUACAGUGAUUCCAUGACUGUUGGUUAUGGUGGACUUUGGGACGACGACGUAAUUGUGGUCGAUGAUGAUGAUUAUACAGUGGGAUCUCUGGGGUUUUUAUAAUAACUCUACUCCAUUUAGGUCAUGUUUCUGCAUUAUAUGCAAGUAUUUGCAGAGCUUUACUAUGAACAUAUUCAGAUUUUUAUUCCAUAAAACAACAAUUUCUUUUAUUUUAUUUUUUUGGCAUAAUGAUGAUUACAAUAAGCAACUUUACUCAACGUAGAUACAG